AUGGUACUUAUCCGUUCUUUCGCCCGUCAAACACGGCGGCCGCUCUCCACCCUCCUAUCUUCCAGCUCGUUGAGCAGGCCCAUGUUCGCCAGCCGCCUCGGGCCUGGUCUUAAUCCUGGUGCACGCAUGCUAACAGCUUCUUCCCGCCUGCAGGGCAAGGUUCUUAUGGUCCUCUACGAUGGUGGCUCUCACGCCAAAGACCAGCCUGGUCUCCUCGGUACUACUGAGAAUGAGCUCGGCAUUAGGAAGUGGCUCGAGGAGCAGGGCCACACCCUAGUGACCACCUCCGACAAAGAUGGCGAGAACUCCAAGUUCGACCAGGAGCUCGUUGACGCUGAAGUUAUCAUCACCACCCCCUUCCACCCUGGAUACCUCACAGCCGAGCGCCUGGCCAAGGCCAAGAACCUCAAGCUCGCCGUCACUGCCGGUAUUGGUUCUGACCACGUCGACCUGAACGCUGCCAACAAGACCAACGGCGGUGUCACCGUCGCUGAGGUCACCGGUUCCAACGUCGUCUCCGUCGCUGAGCACGUUGUCAUGACCAUCCUCCUCCUCGUCCGCAAUUUCGUCCCCGCUCACGACCAGAUCCGCAACGGUGACUGGAACGUCGCUGCUGUCGCUAAGAACGAGUUCGACCUUGAAAACAAGGUUGUUGGAACCGUCGGUGUCGGCCGUAUCGGUGAGCGUGUGCUGCGCCGUCUCAAGCCCUUCGACUGCAAGGAGCUGCUGUACUACGACUACCAGCCCCUGAGCGCUGAGGUUGAGAAGGAGAUUGGCGCUCGCCGCGUCGAGUCUCUCGAGGACAUGGUUGCUCAGUGUGAUGUCGUCACCAUCAACUGCCCUCUGCACGAGAAGACCCGCGGUCUCUUCAACAAGGAGCUUAUUUCCAAGAUGAAGCCCGGUUCAUGGCUCGUCAACACUGCUCGUGGCGCUAUCGUCGUCAAGGAGGAUGUCGCUGAGGCUCUCAAGUCUGGCCACCUCCGAGGCUACGGUGGUGAUGUCUGGUUCCCCCAGCCUGCUCCCAAAGACCACCCGCUCCGCUACGCCGAGCACCCCUGGGGCGGUGGUAACGGCAUGGUUCCUCACAUGUCCGGUACCUCCAUUGACGCCCAGAUCCGCUACGCCAACGGUACCAAGGCCAUUCUGGACAGCUACUUCUCCGGCCGCUUCGACUACAACCCUCAUGACCUGAUCGUCCACGGCGGUGACUACGCCACCAAGGCCUACGGCCAGCGUGAGAAGAAAUAG